CAGCCGAGUCAGACGCAACUGCCGCGGCUCCCGCGAUCUUGACUCUGGGCGAUGGAGAACGGAGCAGUGUACAGCCCCACCACUGAAGAGGACCCGGGUCCCGCCAGGGGCGCCCGGAGAGGCCUCGCUGCCUGCUUCUCCCUGGCCCGACUCCCUUGGUAUCGGCGGGUUCUCAAAGGCUUGCAGCUGUUGCUGUCUCUGCUGGCAUUCAUCUGUGAAGAAGUUGUAUCACAAUGCACAUUGUGUGGAGGACUUUACUUUUUUGAAUUUGUAAGCUGCAGUGCCUUCCUUCUGAGUCUCCUUCUGCUGAUUGUGUAUUGUACUCCAGUGUAUGACAGAGUUGAUAACACAAAAGUAAAAUCAUCGGAUUUUUACAUUACAUUGGGAACAGGAUGUGUAUUUUUGUUGGCAUCUAUCAUUUUUGUUUCUACCCAUGACAGAACCUCAGCUGAAAUUGCUGCAAUUGCGUUUGGAUUUCUAGCAAGUUUUAUGUUUCUGUUUGACUUUGGUGCUAUGCUUUUUGAAAAGCUACAGGAGUCCCAGCUGAGGAAACCUGAGAAUACCACUCGAGCAGAAGCCCUCACUGAACCCCUUAAUGCCUAAAGACUCUGGGGAGCAGGUGUUACACAGGAUGGUGACUCUUGGUGGUGAUGCCUGAGCUCUGGCAGAAGGUCCUGUAGAAUUUGUGUAAUUGCUUAAACCACUUCUUUGGAGAAUUGGAGGAAUAGCAGGAAGGCAGGUUUAUCAAUAUUAGGCUGUGUGUCAGUCACCACAGUCUAGAGUAGAGGUUUUUUUUUUUUUUUUAAUUGUUAAAAAACAAAACAAAACUUAAAACUUAAAACUUGUGUUAUGGAGUUUGUCUUUUUUUUGAGGAGAAGGACCGUAGUUUAAAUCACACAGCUCAACUGAGGAUAAAUGAUUCUGUCUUUCUGUUACAGGGCAUUCUCUUAUUAGUCUUAGCUUCCAAAUUAUGCUUUAUAGCUGUAUAAACAGCAUGAUUAUAUUCAUUUAUUUAGAAAUUGUUUCAUUCUUAAAUUAAUUUGCUUAGAUAUUAGUAUUUUUAUUAG